GGAUAGGGAAGCUAAGACAGUUUGUCGCAGUUGAUUCCUGGUGUGUGGUGAAGACUGGCUCGAUUACACGUAUGGAAGUGGCGGGUGCGUAACAACAAAGACGCGAAGCUGGUGUCGUUGGACAUCGACGAGGCGUAAUUACGGGACGCGACGAGGUUGUGCGGUUGUAUCGAUUCGUCGGUUCCUUGGACUCGAGGCUGACAGGCUGUGUGACUUGCAUCGCCGACAUGACAACCGAGGAGAAGUUUCACGCCGCCGUAAACGUUAUCAGGAAUUUACCGAAAAAUGGUGCUUAUCAACCGAGCAAUGAGCUUAUGCUGCGCUUCUAUGCAUACUACAAGCAGGCGACGGAAGGACCUUGUCAGCAACCCAAACCGGGCUUUUGGGAAGUCGUUAGGAAGGCCAAAUGGGAUGCUUGGAUGCGGCUGGGAAAUAUGGGGCGAAUAGAGGCCAUGAAUAACUAUGUCGACGAGCUCAAGAAGAUUGUAGAGACAAUGUCAUACACCGACAACGUCGCUAAUUUUCUUGGAAGUCUGGACUCUUUCUACGACAGUGUGCCUGCCGAAGAUUUGGAAAUGCUCGUCGGACCGGUUCUCGAAAGGAUGAGGUCUCAGCCCGGUUCACCGCUUUCUGGAUCUCCAAUCGGAUCCAGAGAAACUUCGCCUCAUCGACCGCGGGGCACCUCCCGACACAUAACGAGUAGUCUGGAAACCAGCCCGGCUAGCAGUCACAGUGCCAGUCCGUUACCGCCGGACACAGAUGGAGAAGAAGAAGUGUUUAUAGAUACUGUUGAAUCGGCACCGGAAAGAACGUCGAACAAAGAUAGCACGGCCGCCAAGUAUUCGAGCAGUCAUCAUCAGAAACAUUCAUCGACGACGGCAAUUAGCAAUUCUAAAAACAGUAGUAAAAUUACCAACGGUCAGCCAUCCGUUGUCAGGGAAAAUUCUACGGAACAGUUGAAGAGGGAUUGCUCGCCACCCAACGAUCAUCCGCAAUCCAACGAAGAGGUUAAACCUGAGAGGGGAAGAUCGAGGGAGAGAAAGGACGAUAAAAAAAAUGCAGAAUUCUUUGCUCAAAUUACAGCCACUGUCCAAAAUUUACAAAGAGAUUUGGACAGAAUAACAGCUCGCGUUCGAAGCCUGGAAGGACACGCGCUUAACACGCUCUCUCCUCAGCUUAGUCGAGCGGCUGAGCGAAGAUAUCCGAAAUGGUGGCCAUUGCCAGAGUGUUCACCGCGAUUAUUCGCACUGAUGAUACUGUGGCCGUUUUUGGUUCACGCCGCAAUCACAAUUGCUCAACGGAAUCGCCAGCGAAAUGUGUAGUGAUAACUGUCGUAAUGAAACUAAAAAUGCUCUCGCUCUUUUUCCCUCUUUUACGCUACACAUUGUUGUUAUUUUAAUGAGUAUAUUUGAUACGUUUUUUAUUCCAGCUUUGAACUAUACGGGAACUGAAGUUUUCAUUUAUAAUAUUCAAUAUGUAUAAGAUACGUAGAUUUUUGAUUAUCGGUGAUAUCAGGAAGAGAGACACUUUGAAUAACCGGGCGUUUAAUUAUAUUUUGGGGACAAUUUGAGGAUAGGUAGAUUUAGUCGUCAUCGUAUAAGUAAAUACACAUUAUAAAUAUUGUACAAUAUUUUUGAAAAUAAUUACAGUAAUAUCGUAUAGAUUGUUGAAAAUUUUCUAAAACAGGGUAUUUCAAUACCCUUUUUAUUUUCUCACAUUCGCGAAAAUAUUUCGUUUCCUCUUUCACUUUGAACGCGUCGCUUUUUUUUCUCGUUCUUAUUCGCUGUUGCCAAAUCAUCUCUCAAUUGGUAACUCACUCUUGUUAACUUUCGUAUAUAAUUCCAACCUCCUCAUCAGUGUUCAUAUUUUUUCUUAUCAAUUUACCCAAAUUUUUUUCGCACAGGUGCGGCGAUUCUUUUGCAUUAGUUUUUCUGACACGCAUCGUAGUUAGAACAAUACAGAUUAACAUUCCUUUUUUUGUGAAGAUUAUUCAGUUACUCAUCUUUUGGGUAUUUGAUCAUAGUUUAGUAAUCUUUCAUUCUUUUAUUCCUCGUACUUUCGACUAUACUUCAGUUCGAAUAAAUUUUUUCCAUUUAGCCACCAGAUUCGUGAACCGAAUAUUAAAUUGUAUAUAAGUAUCUCGAAUUUUAUUGGCAAUGUAAAUAAUAUUAUACAUGUAAUAUUAGAGUAAUCAGAGAUCGUUGCUUAAAUGUUCCAUAAUUUUCGAUUUGUUGAUAAAUGAAUUAUAUAUGUUACACAUUAUAUACAUACACGCCAAAUUUUACUCUACUACGUUAUUAUUAUUAUUAUUGUUGUU